AUUCUUUUUCUAAUAUGGCCUCUGACAAGACAACAGCUUGUACUGUCAAAAUAUGAUGGAAGACUAUUUUUUCUUAUAAUGAAUUUGAGUAUAUUUUUGAUAAUAUUAGGCUUUACAGAAUUGGUAUAUAGUUCAAGCGUUAAUAGUACGAAAGAUGAUUCUUGUCACGUUUGUACCCUAUCAUAUUUUCGUCGUAAACGAGCAAUCUCAGAGUAUACGAGGUGGUACUCUAAUUUAGAAACAACACAAGAAUUUAUCGUUAAAGUUUUAGACGACGAUGUAUCUACCGCCAAUAAACCAAUUGCGGCUGUGAAUAUCCAACCACUUACUAAAGCUCAAGAAAAAAUUAUUAUUGGUGGAGCUGUAGUACCAUCGCCAACUACCGAAUUUACUUUAGAUCCUUCAAAAGAAUAUACACGAUUCAUUCCUCCGACUACUCUUUCUGUAACAAAAAUUGAUGGUAGCAUUAUAUUAGCACCAAUAAAACCAUAUAGUAAAGUAAUACCACCAAUACGACCAAAAGGUAUUGAAAUUAAACACGGCUCUGGGCGACAUCCACAGCGUGAUGAAAGUCCUCCCGCUAGUCCUAAAUUUCUACCAAGGUCUCAAACACAUAUAGGACGACAAUAUGCGCCUAUAGCACCGGUAUCCUUUACGCGUCGUCAUACAAUUGGUCCGCUUACUCCACGUACGGUGGACAAUUUCAUAUUGCAUAAAACAACAUUGAGCCCUACAAGGACGUUCUCUUAUCCAGAUAUUGUAAUGCCUACGAGAACGUCAUCCUUUAGGAAUUUGUUUACUUUUGAAUAUACCUCAGAAUUAUUUGAUAAUUCAAAGCCGUCGCGAACUACUCCAUCGACUCAAAUAAACCCUCAUCGCACAUCUUUAAGAGCCCACGAAGAAGUAGAUGAUAAUGAAGAUUCUAAAACUUUUGAUACUGAAGAUAAAAUGAAAACUAAUCAACAUAAAAAUAUUUAUUCAACCAAUAAGACUUUUGAAAAAGAAAAUCAGUUAUUUUACAAUGAUUUAUUUUAUAAUGGCGAUGAUGAAACAGAAAGGUCUAAAAGUCAGAAAAGUAAAGAUAAUAUUAACUUAGUCAAAUCUGUCAAAGAAGCAUCAGAAAAUUUUAUGUACGCCGAUAUUUCAACUAAUAGUAACGAUAAAGACGAAGCAGGCCGGAAUUAUGAAGAAGAAGAUGAAUUAGAGAAUGAAGUAGUUAAUAUAACUGCUAAAUCGAUAUUUGGAGUUGCAACUAUAAAAGUUUCAGAUAGCGUAAAAAAUAUUUCCAUUGAAAAAAAACGUCCAAUUUGCAGCGUCUUAAGAUCGAAUCCCCUUUCUUUUAGUUCACCACUAUCUUUACAUGAGAUAGUAUUGCAAUUAAAACAAUGGGCGGAGGAAAGUCCUAUUGCUAAACGGCUAGAUAUUACAAAUGGAAAUUUUACCGUUAUGGAAAAUCCAAUAUAUAUGAUGAUUGUUGACGAUCCAACUAGCGGCCAAAUUGUUUCUGCUAAAAAAACUGUCAUGAUCGUUGCAGGGAUUCAGGGAAGAGAUCACCAUGCAGUAACGGCUGCAAUGUAUGUUUUAUAUCAACUCAUUGAACGCAGUGAGGCUCGCGCCGAUCUACUGACAAAAUUUCGUUUCUGGAUUAUUCCUGUUUUUAAUCCUGAUGGAUAUGACUAUUCGAUGACAUUUCCACACCGAAGAGAAUGGUCUAAGAAUUUACGGCAGUCUUGGGAUUCUUGCAAAGGACGUGAAUCGUGUCAAGCAUGUGAAGAUUUUGGUCUUAGAUGCACGAUACAGCCCUGUUAUGGUGUUAAUCUCGAUCGCAAUUUUGAAUAUCAAUGGAUACCCCCAGAAGAGCUGCGCGCUGAACACCCGUGUGGGUCGCUGUACGCGGGCCCUCGGCAGCUGAGUGAAACGGAGACAUACGCCUUAACGCACUUCCUUCACGACCAACGGUCACCGCUUUACGCCUUCAUUGCAUUUAAGGAGGGCGAUGUUCUUGGUAUAUUGUAUCCUUAUUCGCACACUAAUAAAAGACGAGCGCUGGACCAUAUUCACAGACCACGUGCUUCACGAGCUGCUUCCGCCGCUUUCAGUAUAAGCGGUCGUAUGUACGUUGCAGGACAAACGUCGGAAUUUUUACCGCUUUAUGCGGGCGGCAUUGAAGAUUGGAUGGAUGGACAUUUGGGAAUAGACAAUACCUACACAGUAAUGAUGUUUCGACCCAUCGAUGUUCAAAACUCUAAACUUGCGAUGGAGCGUGUCGUGCACGAAGCCUACGCAGCCGUAGACACCUUACUCCUGCAAAGCAUAGAGCCAGUCGCUCAGCCUCAUCUCACACUGACUAGAUCUAGGGCCUCACAAUCAGUUGUUCCUUUAAAAGGCUGUGCUAUCAUAGUAAUUUUCGCUAUACGAUACAUUAGAUAUGGUUAAAAAGGUUGCUGAAUCCCGAUUGUGGUUGUGAUAUCAGCUAGGAACUAAGAGUUUGUCUUCUUAUUCGUUGUCUUUAGCAAUUAUAGGACUGAUUAUGUAUAUUCAUUAUCAUAAAUAAAUUAAACUUGAAUAAUUAAAGUUUAUGUAUACGAAAGUCCGAUAGUAUUGGCCUGGAACUGAAUUGUUUAAUAAA